CAUUCUGUGUCAAUAUCACUGUAAUACAGAUCUUCAUUUGAUCUGCAUCAUUCUAAGCAUACAUAUGAUAAAAAAACACAGUGAUCAACUCAAAGUUCCAGGUACAAUUUUAGGAGUCGUCAUUUUGAUCUAAAUGUCACUAGAAAUGAUAACAGAAGGGACUGUGUGCUGAUGGAGCACAGCAGAAUUAGGAUUGAACUCUCUUAAUCAGUCCAUGUCCUUCAUAUGUAAAAAAGAUUCAUUCAAUCUGUAACACGUGUGAAUUUCUCUCUGCAAACAAAGUGAAAAAAGGCGAAACACUUUGCUACUUUGCUCUAUUGUUUCCUGAGAGGAAGGACGUUCGAUAACGUGAGGAACUGCUGUGGUAAGCCGUGUAAAGAUGAAAGAUGAAAUCACGUCACUGAAAGAGAUGAUUCGAAAGUUGGGUUUAAACGAAGAACCGAUCGGACAAAUGCAACUGUGCUCAAACUAUACGAGAAGUCAGUAUGAUUCUUCAGGUGCUUCACAGAAGCAGCGAUGAACUGACUGGAACUUGCUCGACAAGAAGCCGUGAGAAACGGAAGAGCCUGCAAAUGCAGAAAAUCAGACUGAGGAGGAUAUGCAUUAGAGCACCGCAGCAGACGGAAGUGACUCACACUCCUUUCGCUGAAGUCUUGAGAGCAUCGCUGUCACAGGAAGCGCAAAUGGAUGGAGAGAUGUCUGAAGAAACAAAGCCAGCUUCUAUCUGCAGAGCGGUAAAAACAUGAUUCCUGAAAUGAAGGUGGAGGUGAAAAGAAGAGCUGACGACAGACCACCCCCUCACCCCCUCACCCCUCUCUAUGGCUUGGAGUUCGCACGUGCUUCGGCUUCCAGGUGUGCGUAGAGAUGACCGGAUCUCAAGAAACUGAACUGCCCUUGCAGACCGAAAAAGGUGAACAGGACGUGUUAUUGGGACAGUUACAAAUGUCGAUGUCACUUCUAUGUUGAGAAAAUGUUCGGUGGAAAGCGGGGGCUGAAGAUGACGGUUUUCAACCAGCCCUGCCACGACGGAGCGGAAACCCAGACAGGGAAUGCUCAGUGGAGGGCCGUGAUUAAGACCCGACUGGAGCGCCAGUAGCAACGCAAGACACGCUGAAGAGAGUUAUUAUUUCACAACAUCACAACAGAAAAUGCUUCACACAUCUCUUGUGUUGUGCUUGUGGACUCUGAUCGGUGUGUUUGGUGAUGAAGUGAAGUCAGUGUCAGUGAUGGAGGGACAUUCUGUUACUCUACACACUCAUCUCACUCACACACAUGAUGUGAUCCAGUGGAGGUUUGGAGUAAACGGUCCUCUCAUCGCCUCAAUCAGGAGAUCAGUGAAUAAUCCCACAUAUUAUAAUAAUGAUAAGACUGAGAUAUUCAGAGACAGACUGAAGAUGGACAGUAAGACUGGAGAUCUCACCAUCACAGACGUCACAUCUCAACACUCUGGACUUUAUCAGCUACUGACUGUAACUAGUAGUCAAGACAUAACAAAGAUUUUCAGUCUAACUGUUAACACUCACACUGCUGUCAGUAUCAGUGAAUCUACACAGACUCCAUCAUCAUCAUCAGAGAGUUCAGGUGUGUCAGCAGAAGUUCAUCUCACUCGGCAACAAAGUUUCCACUCACUUUAUAAAGUUGUGAUGACUUGUGUUGUUGGAUUUCUGAUGACUGGAGCUGUAGUUUUUAUCAUCUGGAUCAACAGAAAGUCCAGAAAAACACACGGACAAGGUACACAACACCAUUGCAAAUAAUGAAACUCCAGUAUCUCCAAAGGAAACACGUUUCUUUUAUUUUUUAUUGAAUUUAGCAUUAAAACAGUUUUUGUAUUUUUACAUUUAUAUUAUGAAACCCACACGAAAGUAUAAUUGAAUGACAGUCGUGUGAAUGUCUGCUGUCAGUGUUGUGUUAUUUUGACCUCUAGUGGUGAGACGAUGAAACUACAGUAGAUGUCAGACAUAAUAAAAUAAUUCAACGUGUCCUUCAACUGUGACAUUCUGUGUCAUAUCAUAACAUCUUUAAUUUAUUUACAUUUAUUAUAAACUGUGAUGCAUGAAAUAACACCUGCUGUUACAUACUUAGAUAGGCUUAUUAAAUAGAUGAUAUCGCGUAAAGUCGCGUUAUUUUAUAAAACAGAAUUCUGUAAUGCAUUUUGUGCAUCAAUAAAGAAGCGUGUCGAAGAUGCGUUCUCUGCGCAUGCGCGGAAACAGACAAGGUUAUAAGGUUGUAAGGUUGUAAGGUUAUCUUACACAUUUAUCGUCAGUAUACAACAAAUACGCAUAUACAUAACGAACAUUAUGUUAUUUGUUGCCUAAACAUGUUGAUAAUAAAUAAGAAUUAUAAUUUUUUUAAUAGACCUGGAAAUGUUGAGGAAAUAACUGAAAAAAAUGCUGUUUAAGGACUGAAGAGGACGUUGUGUGUUUGGACAGUAUGCUUUUGCACCACAGUGACGACAUCUUAUGUAAAAAAUUGUAAGACGAUUUUUUAUGACAGGAGCUCUGCGUCAUGAUAUUGUGUGUGAUGGUGACAUCUAGUGUACAUCUGAGGAAACUGCACGUACUCAUUAUGAAAAGUUAUUUUCCAGCAGCAUGUUUAUAAAUGCAGUGCAGUUCCAAACGGUCAGAGAUUUCUUUGCACAUGAGAGAUGUAUUGACGUUUAGAGAGUUAUUAUUUCACAUCAUCAGAACGUCAUCUCUUGCGUUGUGCUCGGUAAGUUGACUUUGUUCCUAUAUUUGUUUCGUAAUAAUGUAAAAACAAAUUCAAGUAUUUAUAAAAAUCUAUAACUAAUACAAAACACAUUAAGAGUCUUUGAUCAAGUUCAGAUCACAAAGACGGACAGCCACUGAUAUACGGAAUUAAACUUACUGUAUAUCAGCUGCUCAAACACUUUAGUUUGUUUCUUAUUCGUCAUAAAAAUCUCAGAAUGUUCUUAAUAAAGACGCGCCAGAAGAUACCCCGAGAGGGUUUUUGUUCACGAAAGGAGUUUAAUUUCUUUAGAGAAAAGAUAUUCUUUGAUGACUCUUCUUAUUAAUGACGUCUGGAUGUAACAAACAUAGUUCAAAGACAUCUGUGCUUGUUUACUCGAUCGACUUCUUUCUCUCUGGAUGAACAAUAAAUAAAUAACGAAACAUUUUAUAAUGUAAUAUUACUGUGAAACCAGAUCUGUGAUUAUGAACUCUUUCUGUUGUUAUUAUUAUUA